AUGGGUCGAAUUGUUCUCGCGUCGCUACAACUCUGGCACUUUACAAAUCAGGUGGACUUGGUCGACUACAAGCAAUUCAAACCCGGCCAGGAGAUCCCAAACAAGGACAUGCUAUGGAUUCUUGAACAAACACCCGGAUCGAUUCAAAUGCAGGACGUGACGUGGUUCCUCAAGAAGUACUCCUACUGGCCAUCAUACAAUAUCCCUUUCAUCAAGGAGAUCAGUAUGGAAGCUGGGUUCAGCGAGAAGGGUACCAAUUACGAGAUGUUUUCGAAGCUGCGAUUCCGAGCAUGGGGUGGCCCCACUUACGAUCCACUUCCGGUUUUCGACUGGUCGACAACGAAAGUAGUUGCGAAUCAUUAUGGGCAACCACAAGUGUGGAACUUUACCUAUGUGGAUUUAGAAUGGGAAACGGAAACCACAGUACUUGGUUUCGACAAUUCUGAUGAGUGA